AUGUUUGGUACAUUGCUCGACUACUGGCACUACACUGGCGACGAACAGUACAACGAAAUGGUCCGCGAAGGUCUAAUGCACCAAUUCGGAGAGCACAAUGACUUGAUGCCCUCAAAUCAGUCCAAGAACGAAGGAAACGAUGAUCAAGUCUUCUGGGCCUUUUCCAUGAUCGCCGCAGCCGAAUACAAACUCAAAGACCCUCCUGGCGACAAGCCUGGUUGGCUUGCAAUGACACAAUCCGUCUUCAACCAGUUCGUAGGACGUUACCAGAAAGAGGUUGUCGAUGGAAACUGUGGUGGUGGUAUGCGCUGGCAGAUUUAUCCGUGGCUUAAUGGGUGGACGUAUAAAAACACGGCGUCAAACGGUGGUCUCUUCCAUCUCGGCGCUAGGCUGGCCAUGUACACCAAGAACGACACAUAUGCGAAAUGGGCGGAGAAGACGUUCGAUUGGCUGUCUGACAGUCCUUUACUGUUGGACGAUGGCACGGUUUAUGACGGAACAAGCAUGACCACCAAUCCGCCAUGCAAAGACGCAGACAAGACGCCAUGGACUUACAACUAUGGUAUCAUGAUAGCAGGAGCUGCCUACAUGUACAAUUAUACCAACGGCGGAGAGAAAUGGAAGACAGCACUCACCAAAUUCAUCGACAAGGCCAGCAUAUUCUUCCCUGAGGAAAAAGGCGGAGUAAUGGUGGAAAUCUGCGAAGCUAACAAAGUCUGUGACGCCGAUCAAGAGAGUUUCAAAGCCUACCUCGCCCGCUGGCUAGGCAUCACCAUGCAAAUGGCACCCGAAUUCACCCCCAAAAUCCUCCCACGUCUGCAAAAAUCCGCAGUUGCUGCAGCACAGACAUGUGAAGGGCCAUCACAACACAAUGGCGGACCCCACCAGUGUGGCAUGAAGUGGUGGAACACAGGGUUCGAUGGUGUCGGUGGCGUAGGACCACAAAUGACAGCCCUCAACGUCAUCAGCGUACUCAACGCUCAACGAGUCCCACCACCCUAUUCCCAGGAUAACGGCGGUACCAGUCAAGGAAAUCCAGGUCUUGGGUCUGGUGGAACCGAUGGCGGUAGUACGCUUCCGAAAUUCGAAUCCGACAUCACGACUGCGGAUAAGGCGGGUGCAGCCAUUCUCACUAUCAUGGUAGCUGUCAUGUUUGUAGGUGGGGCUUACUGGAUGCUCUCCUAGACCAUGCGAUUUUGUUUCAUCAUCCCGAUAGGGUCUUCUUUUGUUCUUCUAGGUCUUGUUCGUUUAUACCCAUUGUGAAAAUGGAUGCAUGAUGGGAAUGGGGCUCGCUACUUGAGCAUUUUGGCGUUUUUGUCAGGCGGGUUUUACUUAACUAACCCACUUUUCUUUCUCGUACGCGAUAUUCCAAGUAUAUAUUCUUUGUAUCUACCGUUGAAUGGAAACUUUGAU